AGUUAGGACGUCGCUAGGGGGCUGUGUACCUAAUUAAACAGCACCGAAGCCUGUACUCCUGCCUCGGGCAGGUGCGCAACAGGUCCUGCACGCUUUCCGCGCUUAAACAGUCGCUUUCUUAUACCAGGCAUACAUUUUAUAGUCUCAAACCGCGUGCUUAGCAAGACCUGUUGAAGAAGGUGACCACGAUCAGUAAUUGUACUCAGGUGCUAACUGUUUUGGAGGCGUUUUACUUCAGGCAAUCUACUCUGCAUAGAAGGGUUCACUCUGUGGCCGACAUAAGCGUCCGCGCCCACAUCGGGCAAGCAGUAGCCCAAGAAUCAGCCCGCCUUCUGGGCGACCUGCAAGCCGGCCCAAAGGCGCGGCCCGUGGCCGCAUAGCUCGCCCACCAUGGGGCGCAGAAUGUUGAGACCAGCCGCCGGCUUGGUGCUGGCCGGCUUCCUGGCACUCGCUAUCUGCCUGGCGACGGUGCCAGCGCAGGCUCGCUCUCAGCUGGAGCUGGAGUCGUCGCCUGGCGCAGCUUCACGCGGCCUGCGCGCCAGCGCGGAGGCAACGGACGGCGUUGAUAGCAAGGCAUUGCUGGCAGCGCGCGUUGUGGCUAGCGGCGUGGGCAGCGGCGCCGAGGGCUCCACAGUAACUGCACGGUCGGUGCAGGAGAACGAGGAGGAGUACGAGGACGAGGAGGCCGAGUUUGAUGGCGCGGCUGACCCAAAUGCCCGCGCUGAUAGCCUAGUGCUUACGGGCACCGGCGCCGCAAAGACAGACGCAGCCACGGCCGCCACCGCGGGCACUGCCGCCACCGCCGACGCCGCCACCGCCACCACCACCGCAGCGGACGCGACGGCGGGCACUGCAGGCGCGACUACCGCCGCCGCCAGCACCCAGGCGGCGGCGGGAACAGCAGCAGCGGACACAGAUGCGGAUAGUGAGGAGGAGGACGAGGAGCAGGAGGAGGCGGACGCCGGUGAGGACUAUGAUGAGGAGGAGGAGGACGAGGAGGCCGCAGGCACCGUCGCCGGUGCCACCGCUUCCACCGCCGCCGACGCUGCUGCGAACACCACCACCAGCACCAGCAGCAACUCUACAUCCGUUGUCUUUGCUGCGGCUACGAACGCCACAGCCGCCGACGCGGCGUCUGCUGUGGUGUCUCCCGCCACCAAUGCGACCGCGCCCGCGGGCAGCGACACUGGCGACGCCACUGCUGCCGCAACCGCGCUUUCCACUUCGGACCCCGCCCCCGAGGACGCCGAGGGCGGCAGUAGCAGCGAGAAGAGCAGCAGUAGCAAGAAGACGUCAAGCAAGAGCAAGACUAGCAGCGAGAGCACUUCAGAGACUGACAGCGAUGCGGCGGUGACGACCAAGUCCGCCGCCGUUGGCGCUGCUGACGCCGAUGCCACCACCGCCGAUGCCGCCGUGAAUGCCACGGCGGCGGCCACCAGCGCAACCUCUACGGAGGCCAUCGUCGACGCGACUGGCGCUGCCGCUAACGCCACUGUUGCUGCUAACGCCACUGAGGUUGCUACAGCCAACUCGACGACGCCCGUGAACGGAACCGUGGCUGAGGCCGCUGGCGACACGGACGGCGCCGUGGCCACCGAGAAGGCGGUGACCGCGAGCGCUGCUGAUAAGGAGUAUGAGGAAGAGGGGGAGGAGGAGGGGGAGGAGGCUGAAGGGGACGAAGAUGGAGAGGCCGAGGAGGAGGCUGCCGAGGAAGAUGGCGAGGGGGAGGAGGAUGGUCAGGGCGCGGAGGCGGCUGCCGUGGAGGAGGAGGAGGCGGAUGAGGAGGACGAGGACGAGGCUGGGCCGCUGGCUGUGGGCGUCACCGGAGCCAUCGCUAAGUCUGCCGCUGCUGACGCCACUGACGCAACUGGCGCUACGGCAAACGCGACCGAUGCUGCCACCGCGGCGGGCAAUGCCACUGUUGACGCAAUCAAUGGCACGGACGCGACCGCCAGUGCCUCGGCCGUGCACGCCACGGAGACUGCGGCCAAAGCCGUGAACGGCACCGAGCCCGCCGCUGCCGCCAACACCACCCUCGCCGCGGCCAGCAACGCAACCGAGGCUGCGGCCGGCGCGGCCGGCAACAGCACUGCGCUUGCGUCUGCUGGCACCACUGGCACCGCGGACACGGGCCUGGCAGUCGUGGGCGUUGAUGGCGCGUCAACCACGUCCACCUCCGACAGCUCGGAAAGCAGCAGCAGCUCCACCACCUCGAUCAAGAGCUCCAAGAAGAAAAAGAAGUCGACCAAGAAGCGCCCUCCGCCUGCAGCGGCGGCCACAACUGAGGCGUCGGCCGCGGCCGUGGAUGCCAGUGCCACCGCCGCCGCUGCCGCCAACGCGACGGACGCAACGUUGCCUGCAGCUGUGAAUGCCACCGGCGCCGCGGCCGUGAACGGCACUGACGCCCUGGCGGCGGCGGCGGCCGUCAACGGCACCAGCACCGCCGCCGCUAACGCCACCGGCACAGCGUCGACCAACGGCACGUCCAGCCUCAACGGAACCGUUGCAGUGAACAGCACGGGCGUGGCAGAGGCGGUCAACAGCACGACUGCCGUCAACGCCACCUCAUCGGCAAUCAACGGCACUGAUACCUCUGCCAUCAAUGGCACCAGCACCACAGCCGUGAACGGCACGGACGCGGGUGGCCUGGUCGCCCUGAAUGGAACGGACGCUGGCGUGAACGCCACGGCAGCUGGCAACACCACCUCCACCACCGUGAACGGCACCGACACAACCGGUGCGGGGGCGGGCGCGGCCGGACUGGGCGCUCCUGCAACCGACGCCGCCACCAAAGCGGCCACGCUCACGGACGCGGGCACUGGGCUUGGCGUGUUCGGCGAGGACGGUGGCGGCGACAGCUCCGCUGCUGCUGCUGCCACUACUGGCGCUGCUACAGGCGCGGCUGCCGACGCGGGUCUCGGCGGCUUGGGUGCGGGUGUGGGUGCUGGCGCCGCUGGUGUUGGCGCCAUCGGCACCGGCAUUGGUGCGCUUGCCGGCUCUGGCCUUGGCGCGGGUGCGGGCGCUGGUGCCGGUGCCGGCGCAGUCAGCGGCGCGGGCAUUGAUGCAUGGAGCGCGGGCGGCGGCGCCGCAGGCGCGACUGGCCUCGGCGGCGCCGCUGGCGGCUUGGGUGCGGGUGCUGCUGGCGGCGGCGCGGGCGCUGGUGCGGGCGGCUUCGGUGCAGGCGUCGGCGCCGGCAUUGGCGCCGGAGCGGGUGCUGGCGCAGGCGCGUGGGGUGCGGGUGCGGGCGCAGGUGCGGGUGCAGGCGGCGCCCAGCAGCCUGGAGGUCAGCAGGGCGGCGGCUGGGGCGGCUGGGGUGGCUGGGGCAGCGGCGGUGGCCACCACAAGAAGAAGAAGCACCCUGGCGCGGGCGGCGUGGGCGGUGCUGGCGGCGGCUUCUUCGGCGCGGGUGGAUCAGGUGCACGCGGCGGUGCAGGCUCUGGUGCGUUUGGCACGGGUGCCGGCGCUGGUGCGGGCAGUGGUGCCAGCGGCUUCGGCGCAUACGCUACCGGCGUGGCGGCCUCUCCGCCGCCCCCGCCGCCCCAACACCACCACACCCACGUCAACACGGGCGCCUUCGGCGGCUCAUCCGCUGGCACCGGCGGCGCCGGCGCCUCCGCCACUGGUGCGGGUGAUGGUGCGGGCUUCGGCGGCUUUGGCGCUGGCGCCGCCACACAGGCGAAUACGAUGGCGCUAGGCGGUGCGGGCGUGGGCGCGGGCCUAGGGGCGGGAGCCGGCCAGGCGGCCGUGACCACCGGCACCGGUGCGAGUGCCGGCGGCAGCGGCGCUGCUGCCACGCAGGGCGACGGCGAGGGCGCUGCGGCGGGGGAGGCCUCCACCUCCAAUGUCUUCCUGGAGCUGCUCAGCUCGCCCGCCUUCAUCGGGCCUGUCGUGGGCGGCAGCGUGGGCCUGGUGGUGAUCAUCGGGGCGGUGGUGGCAGGCCGCCGCUACUUCAACUCCAUGAUGGAGGCGCGCUGGGCGGCGGCGGCGCCCAAGGGCAGCAUGUCGCUGUACGCCAACCAGCCCGUGGGCGGCAAGGCCGGCGGCGGAGGCAAGCCCGCGCCCGUGUCGUGGGACAACUGUGGCUGGGACGACGAGGACGAGGGCGGGGACGGCUGGGACAACGACUCGGCCUCGUGGGAGGACGUGGAGGGCGGCCGCGGCGGCGCAGGGCGUGGUGGUGGCGGCGGCCGCGGGGCAGGUGGCGGCCGCGGUAGGAAGCCCGAGAAGGGCAAGAGCUACCUGGACGACUGGUAGAUGAGUCGCGUGUGAGCUGCAGGGGCGCGGCCCCACACGCGGGGCCCCGGCCCGGCGGCAGCCGACGAGAACGCAUCGGAGAUGAAUGUACGUAGCAGGAGCUAGGCAAGUAGAGGACAAGGGAAUACGGAGAUUUCGCGCGUGGCAGGAGGGCGGCGGCGCCGCUCGGCAUGAUUAACUGGCCUUGUGCGAGCAGUGGCCCAACGAGUACACUGAGGAACUGUCGAGAUCGAGUAGGGUACGCGCGCGUCUGUUAGGGUUCAAGCAUGGUAGACAGCAAUAGGGACACUGAUGGGGUUCGUAAGGCGACUGCGUUGAGGGCAACUGAGAAAGGGUGCACCGGAGGGGAGCGGGGCGCGCGCGUGAUCGAAUGAACAUAGUGGUCGAUGCCUCUAUGGAGGUUCUGUUGUAUUAUGCCACACUCUGUGCCGCUAUGAGGGCCUGGAUGCUCAGCCGUUGUGUUGUGUGAGUGCCGGUCGUGGCGUUAUCCAAUAGCUGUGUUACUGCCCAUCGUGUUGUGUCGAUGGGGUGAGCACUGGGACUGGCACGGUCAGGGGCAGCGGCUCAAUUGGUUAUACCGGCGUGCAACCAACUGCGCAAAAGAUUGCUACCUUGCACCGCGUCU